AAGGAGCGAAGGAGGGCGAGAAGACUGGAGCGGCGCGGGGAGGGCGCGCAGCUUGGUUGCUCCGUAGUACGGCGGCUCGCAAGGGAGCAUCCCGAGCGGGCUCCGGGACGGCCGGGAGCAGGCGGGCGAGCGGGCGGGCGGGGAUGGUGUGCGCGGCUGCGGACCCUGCGUUCCUGCUCGCGGCGUGCGGGCUGCACUGAUUUGUGCGAGGGGCGGCCGCGCGCACCCGCCCGGAGAUGAGGCGUCGAUUAGCAAGGUAAACGUGACAGAACCAUGGCUCAGUUUCCGACACCUUUUGGUGGUAGCCUGGACAUCUGGGCCAUAACCGUGGAGGAGAGAGCCAAGCAUGACCAGCAGUUCCAUAGUCUGAAGCCGAUAUCCGGAUUCAUCACUGGUGAUCAAGCAAGGAACUUUUUUUUUCAAUCUGGGUUACCUCAGCCUGUCUUAGCACAAAUAUGGGCCCUCGCUGACAUGAACAACGACGGGAGGAUGGACCAGGUGGAGUUCUCCAUAGCCAUGAAGCUCAUCAAGCUGAAGCUCCAAGGCUAUCAGCUGCCCUCUGCGCUUCCCCCCGUCAUGAAGCAGCAGCCGGUUGCUAUUUCCAGUGCACCAGCAUUCGGUAUAGGAGGAAUUGCUAGCAUGCCACCACUUACUGCUGUUGCUCCAGUGCCCAUGGGCUCCAUCCCCGUCGUUGGAAUGUCUCCACCCUUAGUAUCCUCUGUUCCUCCAGCAGCAGUGCCUCCCCUGGCCAACGGGACGCCUCCCGUCAUCCAGCCUCUGCCUGCGUUUGCUCAUCCUGCAGCCACAUUGCCAAAGAGUUCUUCCUUCAGCAGAUCUGGUCCAGGGUCACAAUUAAACACUAAAUUACAGAAGGCACAAUCAUUUGAUGUAGCCAGUGCCCCUCCAGCAGCAGAGUGGGCCGUGCCUCAGUCAUCAAGACUGAAAUACAGACAGUUGUUCAACAGCCACGACAAAACCAUGAGUGGACACCUAACAGGUCCCCAAGCAAGAACUAUUCUUAUGCAAUCAAGUUUACCCCAAGCUCAACUGGCUUCAAUAUGGAAUCUUUCUGACAUUGAUCAAGAUGGAAAACUCACAGCAGAAGAAUUCAUCCUGGCUAUGCACCUAAUUGAUGUUGCCAUGUCUGGCCAGCCACUGCCACCUGUCCUGCCUCCAGAGUACAUUCCUCCUUCCUUUAGAAGGGUUCGCUCCGGCAGUGGGAUGUCCGUCAUAAGCUCUUCGUCGGUGGAUCAGAGGCUGCCCGAGGAGCCGGCAUCAGAGGAUGAGCAGCAGUUGGAGAAGAAGCUACCCGUAACGUUUGAAGAUAAGAAGCGGGAGAAUUUUGAGCGUGGCAACCUGGAGCUGGAGAAGCGCAGGCAGGCCCUCCUGGAGCAGCAGCGCAAGGAGCAGGAGCGCUUGGCUCAGCUGGAGCGGGCCGAGCAGGAGAGGAAGGAGCGGGAGCGGCAGGAGCAGGAGCGCAAGAGACAGCUAGAGCUGGAGAAGCAGCUGGAGAAGCAGCGGGAGCUGGAGCGGCAGAGAGAGGAAGAGAGGAGGAAGGAGAUCGAGAGGAGGGAGGCUGCAAAGCGGGAACUUGAACGCCAGCGGCAACUAGAAUGGGAGCGGAACCGGAGACAGGAACUCCUGAAUCAGAGGAACAAAGAGCAGGAGGGCAUUGUGGUCCUGAAGGCCCGGAGGAAGACUCUGGAGUUUGAAUUGGAGGCGCUGAAUGACAAAAAGCAUCAGUUGGAAGGAAAGCUUCAAGAUAUCCGAUGUCGGCUGACGACCCAGAGGCAGGAAAUUGAGAGCACAAACAAGUCUAGAGAGUUGAGAAUUGCUGAAAUCACCCACUUACAGCAGCAGCUGCAGGAAUCUCAGCAAAUGCUUGGAAGACUUAUUCCAGAAAAGCAGAUACUCAAUGACCAAUUAAAGCAAGUUCAGCAGAACAGUUUGCACAGAGAUUCACUUCUAACCCUCAAAAGAGCCUUGGAGGCAAAAGAGCUGGCCCGGCAGCAGCUGCGAGAGCAGCUGGACGAGGUGGAGAGAGAGACCAGGUCAAAACUACAAGAGAUCGAUGUCUUCAACAACCAGCUGAAGGAGCUAAGAGAAAUACACAGCAAGCAGCAGCUGCAGAAACAGAAGUCCAUUGAGGCAGAACGGCUGAGACAGAAAGAGCAGGAGCGGAAGAGCCUGGAGUUAGAAAAGCAAAAGGAAGAGGCUCAAAGACGAGUUCAGGAAAGGGACAAGCAAUGGCUGGAGCACGCACAGCAGGAGGAGCAUGCGAGGCCUCGAAAACCCCACGAGGAGGACAAACUGAAAAGGGAGGACAGCAUCAGAAAGAAGGAGGGCGAAGAGAGAGCCAAACCGGAAGUGCAGGACAAGCUGAGUCGGCUUUUCCAUCCCCACCAAGACGCAGCCAAGCCAGCUGUCCAGGCACCCUGGUCCAGCACAGAGAAAGGCCCGCUUACAAUUUCUGCACAGGAGAACGUAAAAGUGGUGUAUUACCGAGCGUUGUACCCCUUUGAAUCCAGAAGUCACGACGAAAUCACCAUCCAGCCAGGAGAUGUAGUCAUGGUUAAGAGGGAAAGGGUGGACGAGAGCCAGACUGGAGAGCCAGGGUGGCUUGGCGGAGAAUUAAAAGGAAAGACAGGAUGGUUCCCUGCAAACUAUGCGGAGAAGAUUCCAGAAAAUGAGGUGCCCACUCCAGCCAAACCAGUGACCGAUCUGACAUCUGCCCCUAUCCCCAAACUGGCUCUUCGUGAGACCCCUGCUCCUUUGCCAGUGACCUCUUCCGAGCCCUCUACAGCCCCCAACAACUGGGCAGACUUCAGUUCCACGUGGCCCGCCAGCACCGGUGAGAAACCAGAAACGGAUAACUGGGACGCAUGGGCAGCUCAGCCUUCUCUCACUGUGCCCAGCGCUGGCCAGUUAAGGCAGAGAUCGGCCUUUACACCAGCCACAGCCACCGGCUCCUCCCCUUCUCCCGUCCUGGGCCAGGGUGAAAAAGUGGAGGGGCUGCAGGCUCAAGCCCUCUAUCCUUGGAGAGCCAAAAAAGACAACCACCUAAACUUUAACAAAAACGAUGUCAUCACCGUUCUGGAACAGCAAGACAUGUGGUGGUUUGGAGAAGUUCAAGGUCACAAGGGGUGGUUCCCCAAGUCUUACGUGAAACUCAUUUCAGGGCCCGUCAGGAAAGCUACAAGCAUCGAUCCUGGCCCUUCUGAAAGUCCUGCUACCCUAAAGAGAGUGGUUUCUCCGGCAGCCAAGCCAGCCGCUCCUGGAGAAGAAUUUAUUGCCAUGUACACUUACGAGAGUUCUGAGCAAGGAGAUUUAACCUUUCAGCAAGGGGAUGUGAUUUUGGUUACCAAGAAAGAUGGUGACUGGUGGACAGGAACGGUGGGCGACAAGUCCGGAGUCUUCCCUUCUAACUAUGUGAGGCUUAAAGAUUCAGAGGGCUCUGGAACUGCUGGGAAAGCAGGGAGCUUAGGAAAAAAACCCGAAAUUGCCCAGGUUAUUGCUUCCUACGUCGCUACUGGUCCUGAACAACUCACCCUGGCUCCCGGUCAGCUGAUUUUGAUCCGAAAAAAGAACCCAGGUGGAUGGUGGGAAGGAGAACUGCAAGCUCGAGGGAAGAAGCGCCAGAUAGGCUGGUUCCCAGCAAAUUAUGUCAAACUUCUAAGCCCUGGAGCAAGCAAAAGCACCCCAACCGAGCUCCCCAAGUCUGCGGCGCUGCCUGCAGUGUGCCAGGUGAUCGGGAUGUACGAUUACACCGCACAGAACGAUGACGAGCUGGCCUUCAGCAAGGGCCAGAUCAUCAACGUCCUCAACAAGGAGGACCCCGACUGGUGGAGAGGAGAAGUCAGCGGGCAGGUGGGGCUCUUCCCGUCCAAUUACGUGAAGCUGACCACGGACAUGGACCCAAGCCAGCAAUGGUGUUCAGACUUGCACCUCUUAGAUAUGCUGACCCCGACCGAGAGGAAACGGCAAGGCUACAUCCAUGAACUCAUUGUCACAGAGGAGAACUACGUGAACGACCUGCAGUUGGUCACAGAGAUCUUUCAGAAACCGCUGAUGGAGUCUGAGCUGCUGACAGAGAAAGAGGUUGCUAUGAUUUUUGUUAACUGGAAGGAGCUGAUUAUGUGUAAUAUCAAAUUGCUGAAAGCGCUGAGAGUCCGCAAGAAGAUGUCCGGAGAGAAGAUGCCCGUGAAGAUGAUCGGUGACAUCUUGAGCGCCCAGCUGCCACACAUGCAGCCCUACAUCCGCUUCUGCAGCUGCCAGCUCAAUGGGGCAGCCCUCAUCCAGCAGAAGACUGAUGGGGCUCCGGACUUCAAGGAGUUCGUCAAAAGACUGGCAAUGGACCCACGUUGCAAAGGGAUGCCACUCUCCAGCUUUAUCCUGAAACCUAUGCAGCGCGUCACCAGAUACCCACUGAUCAUUAAAAAUAUCCUAGAAAACACCCCUGAGAACCACCCCGACCACAGCCACUUGAAGCAUGCCCUGGAGAAGGCAGAAGAGCUGUGUUCCCAGGUGAACGAGGGGGUGCGAGAGAAGGAGAACUCAGACCGGCUGGAGUGGAUCCAAGCCCACGUGCAGUGUGAAGGCCUUUCGGAGCAACUGGUGUUCAAUUCGGUGACCAACUGCUUGGGGCCACGCAAGUUUCUGCACAGUGGGAAGCUGUACAAGGCCAAGAGCAACAAGGAGCUGUAUGGCUUCCUCUUCAACGACUUCCUCCUGCUGACCCAAAUCACAAAGCCCUUAGGCUCUUCCGGCACCGACAAAGUCUUCAGCCCCAAAUCUAACCUGCAGUAUAAAAUGUACAAAACGCCUAUUUUCUUAAAUGAGGUUCUAGUAAAAUUGCCCACCGACCCUUCUGGAGAUGAACCCAUCUUCCACAUUUCCCACAUCGACCGAGUCUACACCCUCCGAGCAGAGAGCAUAAAUGAAAGGACUGCCUGGGUGCAGAAAAUCAAAGCGGCCUCUGAGCUCUACAUAGAGACCGAGAAAAAGAAGCGCGAGAAGGCGUACCUGGUCCGUUCCCAGCGGGCAACCGGUAUUGGAAGGUUGAUGGUGAACGUUGUAGAAGGCAUUGAACUGAAGCCCUGUCGAUCCCAUGGAAAGAGCAACCCAUACUGUGAGGUGACCAUGGGCUCUCAGUGCCACAUCACCAAGACAAUCCAGGACACACUGAACCCUAAGUGGAAUUCCAACUGCCAGUUCUUCAUCAGAGACCUGGAGCAGGAAGUUCUCUGCAUCACGGUGUUCGAGAGGGACCAGUUCUCACCUGAUGAUUUUUUGGGUCGGACAGAGAUCCGAGUGGCUGACAUCAAGAAAGACCAGGGCUCCAAAGGGCCCGUUACGAAGUGUCUCCUGCUGCACGAGGUUCCCACGGGAGAGAUUGUGGUCCGCCUUGACCUGCAAUUAUUUGAUGAGCCAUAGCAGCCCUGGGAUGAUCAUAGAGGACUCCCUUCUCUCAAGGCCCCACUUGCUGUCUGGUGGUCAGCCACGGGCCAACGGGGACAGCAUGGACAGAAGCCCCUCAGGGCUACUAGAAGUAGUUCUCGACAAUCCUGCCCUUCAAACCAUGUCCCAUUUUAUGAAUCCAAAUUCCCCUUUCCUUUGUCUUCACUACAGGUCUCAUAAUGGCUUCUAGAGUCUCUGAAAUCCAUGACCUUCAACUAGGUUCCUUUGGGAGCCCGGCUCCGUCCCUGGGCUGGAGGUGUGGGUCUGGUUACGAUAAAACAGAUUUAUAAAUGCAGUGACAGUGUUUUGGAGAACUUGUGUAGGCCUCCUGUUUCUCACCUCUACCAGCCCCUUCAUAGACUACCUGGCCGAUGAUGCCCCGUGCGUGGUGUGUUUAGUCCGAUUGUGAAGGAAUCGUUGCUGCUUUGCAGUCCAGCUCCCCCUGGGAAAUGGGGCCCUGGACUGAAUGCUGGGCAUAAUGGCUCCUGGAGCAGACACUGACUUCGCUCUCUGGAGAGCUGUUACCGGAAGUUUCUCAAGUGUGCAUUGGAAGCUGCUCAGACCUCAACUAGUGUCUAUCAGUGAAAAGGCACUGGUGUACUAUGGGGUGGUUCAAGGUGUGCUUAGAGAAUGGUUCUGCAAGCUCAUCCGUGACGUUCUGUCCUGAUGCGUUAGGUCUACUUUGGGUCACUGGGAAGGCUCAAGGACAUUAUGGAGUCCUGGUUGCUGACUAUUAUCAGAACAUUCUCUCUGGGCUUGGAGGCCCUGUGAUAUUCCAUGAGGAGCCCUGUCUGGUGACCAGCCUGAGCUGAUUCUGUGUUUGAAUGUACUGGAUCCUGACUGUUGUGGGAAACUUCAACAGCAAGCAGUCUUUAGUGGUCACCCCAGGAAGUCAUGCCUUAGAUGGAUGAAGUUUGAAAGAGAAAGGAUUCAGGAUGGAGUUGGGAGGUGUGGAGAGAUGCUAAGAAAAUCCAUUACUUGGUGGUGGCAGGGAAGACCUUGGGAACACGUGAGCCCCACACAUGGGGUAGGAAGAUGGGAAACCCUUCCCAAGCUUUCCUGGGCACACACCAACUUCUUAAUAAUAGAAACACAUGAACUUUUUUUUGCCAGAGUCAGGAGUGUGUAGACCAAGCUUUUUGUUUGAAUGCUUCAGGUUUUCUUUUCCUUAAGUGCUAAGAGAUAGGUUGGUUAACUACGUAACUUGAUUUGCUAAUGACAAGUGUGGGCCAAGUUUUGUUCCUAUGUUGACAUUCUCACACUCCCAGUCUGUGGUCAUGAUGUGUCCUUUGCAUGUCUCUGGAUCCUGGGGCCAGGCUUUCCUGUGGUAGGUGGUGGUCUUUUUUACUGUAGAUCCCCAGGAUCGAACUAGGGUUCUAGAAGUAUUUUAUAAAUGAUAGUGUCUCUGUGGCAGAAUAGCCACUCUGCUGACAACUGAAUGCUUCGUGUGAUCUCCUUCCAAAAGGUCUCUCUCUGUCCAUGUAUGUGUUUCAAGUGAUUUUUCAAAAAACGUAUGUGGGAAACGACAACAAAGUUUACAUUUCAUACUUUUGAGAAACACUUAUUAUUUAUUUAUUGAAGAUAGUGUUGACUUUUGUAUCAAGAACAACAGACAUACCUAUUUUUUUGAAUCACACCAAUAAGCUCUUCAGUUAGCAGCUUUCAACUGAACAUGAGAUAGACUUAGUUUAACUUCAGGCAUGCAUUGGCUUACCACUUCCCAGCAGAAAACACUGUCAAAACACUUCAUGUUUGUGUUUUUUUGUGUUAUUAAGAGAGUGUUUUAAAUGAAACAUAUAAAUAGAUUUGUAGCUCAUGCUUCCCUGUUUCUUUAACCAGGAGGCUUUGCUUGGUGUAUUGCUGAAGGACACGUUCCCAUAGUGUGAAAAAGAAGUAUUCAGUUGCAAUUGGCCAGGGUUGGGUCCCCCUUCCAGCCCCUUCCUUUCUGUCCCUUAGCCCUGUUCUCCUCAUUGACUUUCUUUUCAGGUUAACGUUGAACAUCAGUGUUCCCGUAGGAAGGCUGAGGCAUGCGUGGUGACCCCCGUAGGUUCUAGGUUGCUUACUCGUAGAAUUCCAUGAUUAUAGCACGAAAAUGCAGUCUGUGGGUCUUUUCCCCAGGUGACUCUACUGGACAUCCUUGGGGUUGUCCUGGGGGUUGACAAAUAUGGAUUAGUGUCCUUGUAUCUACUGUUGUCAUUUGUCAUGACUGGUUGUACUUCUGGAUGAGUUGGGCUGACCCUCAGACCCAGCUGUGACUCCAGAGUCCUGCUGGGGAGAUGGAGUGCUGCUGUGACCCGUGGGUGACACAGAAUCUCAAACCCUUGAUUCUUGACUCCUUAACUUCUCUUUGAACAGUCAGACUCCAUUUGAUACGAAUGGCGUGUCCUUGCCAACAAAGGUGUCUGAGUCCCAGCCGCUUGCUUUAUGAAUGCUUGCCCAGGCUAUGCCUCCUGGCAUCCUGGGCUAGCCCCUCAAACACGCCCCCUCCCAGAGGCAUUCCUCUUCUAUGAGCCACACUGCCAGUACCUCCCACACUCUGACCUCUCCCUCAGAGGGGGCUUUCCUAGAAAGUGGCUAUGCUCUGGUCCUGAGAAUUAUCCUGAGAACUCUGAGGACCGAAGCUCCUUCACUGGGCUUUCCUCGUGGACCAUUGUCCCAAAGGGUCAAUUCUGGUCUCUGAGGCAGGGCUGAUAUUUUGUCCCCCUAGCAAGUGGAUAGAUAACUUUAUCUCUUGGGACUAGUUUGCCGUGUCCACAAGAGUUUGGAGACAUAUGUGAUUCGUUCAGAUCCAGGUCUGCCCUAGCCAGAACAAAAGAGAUCUUUCUAGACUGGAGUCACCAGGAGUGCUAGAGAAACUGGGCAAGGAUGCCAUCGUCAACUGUUUGUAUAAUAUGUCCCUAUCCGUGGACAGCAAACAAGAAAGCUCUCUCCCCAAAGAACAUUAAUGGGAAAUGGGCAUUUUCCUUCCUUGUUUUGAGACAGGAUCUCACCGCAUAGCCCAAGCUGGCCUUGAACUUAGGAUCCUCCUGUCUCAGCCUCCUACGUGCUGGAAUUACAAGCAUGUGCCACUGUGCUCAGCUGUCUUCAUAUUUAUAAACAAAAAUAUGACUUCGGUAUAUAAGGAUUUCAUCUGGGAGAAUUGACCUGAACUUAACUGGAAAAACCAAAUCCAAGAGAAACGGGAUCAGUGGAUCCCUCCCAUUGCUUGCUACAUUUUUGUUUGCUUGCUUGUUUUUCGAGACAGGGUUUCUCUGUGUAGCCCUGGCUGUCUGUCCUAGAACUCACUCUGUAGUCCGUCAGUGUGUCCAGGAGGUCAAGGGCAUUUGUAAAGGUCAUUGCAGGUUGGUCUUCCUAGGGGGUGCAGCAGUGACCUCCCAGAGUUGGCUGGGCAGGAGUAGAGCUAGUGACCUCAUAGAGUCCAGGAUGUUCCAGAAUCCCGUGAGUCUGAAAUCAAGGGCGGAUGGAUGGGGUCUCCCUGGCUUUAUUUGAAAGGUGAAGUACUUCAGCUGGCUGAGACCAUAGCCAAGAGACAAAGAGGAUCUGUACACCAAGGAAUUAUUUUCUAGCCCUUCCGGCCUUUCGAUGCUUAGAAGAGGCUGGAAGUGUGAUGGAGUCUUUUAGUCUGCAUUUCCUUUCAGGAUCCAGGUGUGCUCUGGAGCUGGGAUCCCCGCUUCCGCCCUCUCGUUCCUGGAGCGGCCCCACGGGCCUGAAUUCUUGUGUUUUCCUUUAUUUCCAUCUGGUCUCUCCAAAGACACAUUGACAAUGACAUUUCUGGGCACGCUGUACUGGUUAGGCUUCUGUUCUCAGACAGACCUCGGGGCAGAAGUUGCCUUGUACCAGUGGUGGGCACUUCUUUAGAAGAGCCCCGACCUUACUGGACGAGUAGGAAGCAAGAAGUCCCAGUGUGGGUACUAAAGAUGCCAGUCUGUCUACCCCUCCCCCUCCUGGGCACUUAAGUUCCCUUAAGGAGGACCAGGGCUUGACCUUUUCCAACUACAUUGAUUGCCUACCUGCCGAGGGUCCCUACCUGCAGGGGGGUGGGACAGGGAUGCAAGGUCCAUGGGGCCAGGGUGAUGCUGGAAAGCAGAAGAAAAAAGGAGGGGAGAAAGAAGGACGGACAGAAGGAAGGGAGGAGAGAGGAGGGAGGAGGAAGACAAGAGAGGAGGGAGGAGGGAGAGGGGAGGAGGGGGAAAGGCCAGGCAGUCAAAAGAGAUCUUUCAGCAGGCUCCCCCAGCUCUUUGAGCACGUGGCCUCUCCGGCUCUGAAGGGCCGGUGAGAGCUGGCUGGAGGUUAGUGGCUCACCCACGGCCACAUCCUUCUUUAGGAGUUAAAGGACCACAUCUUUGGAGAAGAGCCUGGCGAUCCCUGCCACCCCUCCUGCCAGGCAGUCAUAUUUCUGAAGAUGUGAUAGCCCCGCUCUCUUUGUCACGGAGGCUUCUACCUCCAGGGCAGCAGCCUUCUGAGGGGCAAGUUCUCUUGACCCCCUUUGGGCAUUUUAUUGUAUUCUGAAUGACCCCAUUAGUGAACGUUGCCCUGUGAUGGGCCAGUCUAGGAAAUAAUAAAGACUUCCUGUUAGUUUUGACUUGGAAUAAACAACUGGCUGGUCGCCACAGGGAUUCUUCUCUCCAGUUCCCUGAUACCUGGAAAGCAGUUGUUAGAGCUAGAGGAGGAAGUUCUAGAGGCCCCUUCCCCACAAGGCACUGCACGAGGUCCCUGUUUGUAGGUCUCCAGGAUCAACUAAGAUGUGUAAUAACUUCAUCUCCGUAAGAGCCAGGAAAGACUCUGUCCUUGAGAAGCACAGCCCAUGAGAAAGAUGGCCACGGUCUCAGCUUCUCUAACUCGAGAGCCUUACCAUUCAGAUGGCGGCACCCUGGGCAGUCUGUAGUCAGGAGCACGAACACGGUCAGCAACGCUGACGGUGUGUGGUUCCUUCAGGGCUCCCCCAUCCUGUCCAGGCUACCCCUUAGGGGCUGGGAGGCAGAGAAGCCAACUUUGUGGCUUUCAAGCCAGCUUGUAGAUCUAAUUUUAAGUCAUUUCAAUAACAUAAAAUUCACGUUCAGUGGCUGGGGAGAUGGCCCGGUCAGCAAAAUGCUCGCCGCCGUGCAUGUCUGAGGACCUGAGUUUGAUCCCCAGCGUCCGCGUAAAAAAGCCAGGAGCAGCAGCGUGUCCUGGUAAGCCCAGUGCUGGGAAGGCCGAGACAAGAGGGUUCUUGGGUUAGUCCCUAGCGGCGUGAGUGAGCGAUCCGGUCUUAAAGGAAAAGGUGCAGAGCUGUGGGGAAGACAUUCAGGGUUGAUAUCUGGGCUCCAUGCGCACGGGCUCCUGAACUUACAUAUGCGCAUGUGCACACACGCACGCACGCACGCACGCAGGGCCGGAAGCAUUAGUGUUCACCUCCAAAUAACGACUUCGGUUCUACGUAGACUUAACUAGUUCCUUCAUUAAAAGGAGCUAGUCUUUUAUAUUUUGGCAUAUCGCUCUUCCAGCACCGUGUGUGGCUAUCCUGUUUCAGGGUAACGUGCCCCUGUGCUGUGCCAGGUCCUUUAUAUUUAAUACCAUUCUGUUCCGUGUUCUGGACCAGCCUGGAUUCUCACUGUCAUCACAGUGGUGAGUGUUUUAGUGUUCAAAGUCCACCGAGGAGAGCUGCAUUCAUAGUGGACUUAUUCUGUCAGCCUUCAAAAUACCGAGCGUCCCUCUGGGAUUUCUGGAGAGCUGGUCAGGCACCAAGGCUCCUUUUUAUGCCAUGGAGAUGCCUCUUUCCCGCGGGAGCCGUCUUAAACUUAUCAUUUGCAAGAUUACCGUCCUGUGGUUUUCUGCCUCUACAGCUAUACUCUUUUGCCGUUCUCUCCUCAAACUCAGAUUUCUUAUUUCCUCCUGUUCUUGGUGAAAACAGAGUGGGGACCCCAGAAAAAUAGGAGCCAAAGUCUGUGUGGUGGCUCGCGUGGCAGAAGCUGCCUUUCCUGUUUGCAGUUUCCCCAGGGUCCUGCUGUUCCUAGACGGUUCGAUGGGCAGGCCCCAAGGUGCUGGCGUCCCCUGCUGCCACCUAGCAGUAUUGCUCCUGUGUGGCGCAGAAGGAACUCUAGUGAGAGGGCAGAGAAAGGGCUGAAGCCUGGCAGGUGAGCGCUCUAGCGCUCGCCCAGCUGAGCGUUGAGUGAUGGAAGUUAGCAUGAACCCAGAGCUGGGCUUCUAGUGAGGUGGUAUUCCUGCCUGCUGGGGCUGGGGCUGUCCAGAGGUCCCUUCUCGACUUCCCUACCUUUUCUGUGUCUACUUCAGAGGGGAGCUUGGCAAUUCCGUUCUCCACAGAAAAGGGCUGGCCGCCUGAGGGACUCCUAGGAGUCAUGUGGCAGUACUCAGUUGGAUAGCAGAGUGUCUACCCCAAAACUUCAACUUGGGAUAUUUUAAGUGGCAAACGUUGGUGAGAUGCAGCCACUGGUUGCAUGGUGUGUGUCUGUGAGCAAGCGUGUAUGUGUGUGUAUCAGGCAAUGGGGAGGGUUGCGAGUCCGACUGAAGGAGACGGGAAAUGUGGUGCUCCACCCUUCCCGGCGCUGGAUUCAGGACCAGCCGGUAAUGUGUGGGCCGAGUGUGAAAAUAAACAUUGUGACUUCUCUAUUCCAAACGACUGGGGAUCUCAGUGACAGAGAGCGAGAACUGAGCUGAGUCUGGGUCCUGCUGAGUGUGGGCAUGCACCUGUCCAGGCCCAACACCCUGGGCCUGGCCUUGACUACACUGUACAUGUGGAAUGGCUUCUCUGUGUCUCCUUUCUUUGGAAAGGUCUCCCUGGCAGACUGUGCAGAGCUGGGGUGGUAACACCAUCCCUCCUUUCUUUCCGGCUCCCUUCCUUUUUUUUUUUUUCUUUUCUUUUAUCUUCUUUGCAGUGCCAAGGAUCAAAGCCUCAUGCAUGCUUAGGAAGUGAAAUAUUUUUUCAACACACCCUUCUUUUAUCUCCUAAAAGUACAAACAGUCCGGGAUAAUUAGAGCGCACAGAACCCCAGCUCACAAUUGCAAGCACCCCUGAAUGGACAGGGAGUUCUGGUUGAUGCUUUCUCAGGUCCCGGUCCAGGGUGUGUCACUGGAUAUCAGGCAGCCUUUGAGCCUUCAAAGUCGAAUUCUCUGCUUUGAAAUAAAGCCUGUCCCCUAGUCACCCACCAGGGAAUGCUCUCCCUGUCUCUAGCGUCACACAGGAUUCUAAACUACUUUCAUGGAGGAGAUCACAGAAGGGUGAGUGUCCCUGCCCCCAGUGACUGGAUGCUGAUUCCUCUAGCUACCAUUCUCUGGAGAGGAGGAGUGGUUGGAGCCAGGAGCCUCUCUGUCCUAGAGGCCAAGUGCCCUCACACGCUAAUCCCCCUUGUGGCUUAUGCGUGGCUUUUGGGUGACGUUAGCGAAGAGGAAAGUGUCCACUGUGUGUGUAACCUCUGAGUUCUAGACGACCAGGGCUCCAGGGAGGCCACGGCUCUGGAGCUGCCCCUCAUCACCGUGUGUGUUCUGGUGUAUAGCUCUCAUUGUACUGGAUGCUCCAAGCCCUCUGAGGCUCCGUUUGCUUUUUGCAGAUGUAGUUCCAUGUCUACACACGCAGAGCAAUAAUCCUUACCGAGCUUCCUGGUUCCACUCCUGUAAUCCCAGCGCUCCAGAGAUGGAGGCAGGAGGAUCAGGAACUUAAGAUCAACCUCAGCUAUAGACGAGUUCAAGGCUAGCUGGGCUUCAUGAGACCCUAUCUCAAACCUAAAAGACACAAAAACUGACAGAAGGCCCCAUCCGUCAUGGACUUAAGUCACCUUAAAGGAAAGCAAAUUCUUUCCAUGGGCCACACUCCCUGGAGGCAUCUGAGCACUACUGUGUCAGCAUCCAUUUAAUGAACGUUUUGAAAUGCACUUCAUCAAUUAACAUCCUUAAACCGUGACUUGCUGAAUAUUCGCAGUGUCGGAACAUUCUCGAGAGGUCUCAAUGGUCAGACAUGCAUUUAAGUGAGCAUCCGCUGUUAAUGGCCCCAGGUCUCUGGUCCACGCAGCCCACCAGCUGAAGCUGCGCCCUUGCCUCUGAGCACAGCCCCGCAUACAGGGGUGGGCUCACAGUCGCCGUGUCGUACUGUCUUAGCUCUUCAUCUUCGCACCAUCACACGUGCUGAUGGGGAACGUAGGUCUACAUACCUGUACAGAGGUGAGAGACCACCACAAAAUGACCUGGGUCUGAUAGUCAGCUCAGAGCUCCUAAGGUUUCUGCAUCUUAUGCAGUUUCCAACAAAGAAAAAGAAAUCCACUACAUAAUGUGAAAAGAUUGUGCUCUGUAUGUGGUUCGUCAUGAAAUCUCUGCUGUAUGUUUUUGGGAAUGACGAUUAUAUGUAUAUACAGUCUGUAAGAGGCUAUGCUGUUCAAUGUUGCGUAAACUUAACAGAUUCUCUAGUCUGAAUAUUUAACUUGUUAUUGUAAAAUGUGAUUUCUCAUUGAGAGAUUAUUUUUCUGUAUGUAUAUGAGAGUAUUUUAGGAAUCUAAUUUAAGUGCAUAAACUAUAGAAGAAGCUUAAAAACAUAUUCCGGGACUAGAUAUGCUUGAUCAGAUCACUUGGGUUCAACUCAACUAAAUUUUAUUAAAAAACAAAUCCAAGUUGAAUGUUUAGGAAUUCAAAA